AUUGUUUUAAACCAUCAUUUUGCCUUUUGGUACCGUCUCCGAUCCGAGCUUUUGUUUGCUCUAUCUGACUCUCUAACUUUUUCUUUCGCUAGAGGAUCAAAGCUCGGUGUUAGUUUGGGUCAUGGCGAUUCCAGCGGCAGCUGUUAUUCUGCCAUUGGGAGUUCUGUUCUUCUUGUCUGGUUUCGUUGUUAAUCUCAUUCAGGCAAUCUGCUUUGUCGUAAUAAGGCCACUGUCAAAGAAUACAUACAGAAAGAUCAAUAGAGCUGUAGCAGAGUUGUUGUGGCUGGAGCUUGUUUGGCUUGUUGAUUGGUGGGCAGGAAUUCAGAUCCAACUUUAUACGGAUCAGGAGACCUUCCGCUUAAUGGGCAAAGAACAUGCACUUGUCAUAUGCAACCACAGAAGUGACAUUGAUUGGCUUGUUGGAUGGGUUUUGGCUCAGCGAUCCGGUUGCCUUGGCAGCGCAUUAGCUGUCAUGAAGAAAUCAUCUAAACUCCUGCCGGUAAUAGGCUGGUCCAUGUGGUUUUCUGAAUACCUCUUCCUCGAAAGAAGUUGGGCGAAGGAUGAAAGCACUUUAAAGUCAGGUCUUCAGCGGCUAAAAGACUUCCCUCGGCCCUUCUGGCUUGCUCUUUUCGUAGAAGGAACUCGCUUUACACAGGCAAAGCUUUUAGCAGCUCAGGAAUAUGCAGCUUCAGCAGGGUUGCCUAUUCCUAGAAAUGUUUUGAUUCCUCGUACUAAGGGAUUUGUUUCAGCAGUAAGCAAUAUGCGCUCUUUUGUCCCAGCCAUUUAUGAUGUAACAGUAGCUAUCCCCAAAAAUUCACCUCAACCUACAAUGCUCAGAAUGUUCAAGGGCCAAUCCUCAGUGGUGCACGUACACCUAAAACGUCAUUUGAUGAAGGAUUUGCCCGAAUUGGAUGAAGCUGUAGCACAAUGGUGUAGAGAUAUAUUUGUAGCCAAGGAUGCAUUACUGGACAAGCACAUAGCUGAGGACUCAUUCAGCGACCAACCAUUGCAGGAUAUUAGCCGACCAAUAAAAUCCCUUGUGGUUGUUACUUCUUGGGCAUGUAUGCUUAUCUUUGGGGCCUGGAAGUUCCUCCAAUGGUCUUCACUUUUUUCAUCGUGGAAGGGGAUUGCAUUGUCGGCAUCCGCACUUGCAAUUGUUACUGUCCUCAUGCAAGUCUUGAUUCGAUUUUCUCAGUCAGAGCAUUCGACCCCUGCUAAGGUUGCCCCCGCAAAGCAGAAGAAUGUGGUGGGGCCUUUGGAAACAGUAAAAGACAAGUGACUGUUAGUUGUUUCUGUUCACAAAACCUCACAUACAUCCAUAACUUCAUCAGAAGUCAUUUUUGUGAUGAUACGAGCAGCAUCUCCUCCCGAGCUUUACAACUUGUGUGUCAUUUUUAUUUUAGACUAGUUUGAGCAGUAAUGUCUUUGGUUUCAUGUGCUGCACAGUUUGUAUGCAUAUCAAUUCAUUAUUAGGUUAAUUCUGUAGAUUGUAUCAACAGAUG